AUGAAGGCAUUUCAGUAUGAAAACUCCCAGAAGGGGCUAGAACUUCGAGACAUUCCCAAGUCUGAACCCGGAAACGGGCGAGUCCAGCUCCAAGUCAAGGCCGCAGGCAUGUGCCACUCCGACUGCCACAUCGUAUCCGGCUCGAGCGACGCCUGGCUCACCAAGAAGCCAAUUACUCUCGGGCAUGAAGUCGCGGGUAUCAUCACCGAGAUCGGGCCUGGAGUUACUGGCUUCAACUUGGGAGACAGAGUUGCAGUGUCUCAAGUGUGCCACCCAGUCGAAGAGCGCGACUGGUCGCUAGGCAUUGGACUAGGCUUCGACGGUGGCUAUGCCCAGUAUGCUGUGGCUCCCGCACGCCGCCUCAUGCACAUUCCAGGAGGCGUUACCUUCGCCCAGGCUGCCGUGGCUACUGAUGCGUUGUCCACUUCGUAUCACGCUGUGGUAGCAGAGGCUGCAGCAAAGCCUGGCAUGAUUAUUGGCGUGGUCGGCCUCGGUGGCUUGGGGAUGUCGGGUCUUGCGUUCGGAGCUCUUCAAGGAGCCGCGAUGUAUGGCUUCGACAUCGAUAAGGAUAAAUUCGAAGAGGCGACACGUCUUGGUGCCAGCGGAUGCUUCGAGAGCUUGGAUCUGGCUAGCGACGUGGCUUUUGAUGCCAUCGUUGACUUUGCCGGGACUGGAAACACAACUCAAAAUGCCCUGAAGGCAGUCAAGGAAGGAGGAAAAGUAGUGUUGGUUGGAUUGGCCGCUAAGAAGGUAGAGGUGCCAACCGAGCUGCUGGUGUUGCGUACGGUGACACUCGUCGGUUCCCUGGGAGCGAGUGUUGACGACUUGGCUCAAGUGUUGAAGCUCUUGAAAGAGGGACUGAUAGAUCCGAUGCUGGUGGAGGUGCCGUUCUCUGAAAUACCAGCCAGUAUUGAUGCUUUAGCUAAAGGGGGGGUCAAGGGAAGACGCUGGGUAGAUCCAAGCAAAGUGGUCGAAUAG